GACAUAAAUACGAAUUUGAUUGGGAUAUGAAUUUGGCCGGACAUAAAUACGAAUUUGAUUGGGAUACGAAUUUGGACAUGAAUGCGAAUUUGAUUGGGAUACGAAUUUGGCCAGGAUAUGAAUGCGAAUUUGAUUGGGAUAUGAAUUUGGACAUGAAUACGAAUUUAAUUGGGAUACAAAUUUGGCCAGGACAUGAAUGCGAAUUUGAUUGGGAUACAAAUUUGGUUGAGACACGAAUUUGA